AUGGUGCUGUGGUCGCAAUUCCUCGUCUCCGCCUCGGAGAUGGUAGUGAACGGGUCAGCAACCGACAGUUUCCAUUUGCACCUAGACAAAAUUGAUGAGAGUUGGGUGCAAAAACUACCGGCCCUGGAUUAUGCCAUUAUCUCCGCCGGCCACUGGUUCUUUAGAACCAACUACGUGUCCGAGGGUGGUCGUUUUCUUGGAUGCAUUUACUCCCACGAUCCUAACGCAACGUACCUGACCCCUGACAUUGCCAUCCAAGGAGUUUUUAGGCUUGCUCUUAAGUCCAUCAACGACUGCAACAACUGCUCGAGGAUGCUAACUUUAGUGAGAACAUUUUCACCAGCCCAUUUCGAGAAUGGCGCAUGGAACAUGGGAGGGACUUGCAAUAGAACAAGCCCACUUGCUCCAGAAGAGAUUAACUACAAUGGCGUGGAAUGGGAUAACAGGAAUGUCCAAUUAGCAGAGGUUGAAAAUGCACACAAAUUGGGAGAGAAGAGGGGGAGAACAUUUGAUGUUAUAGAUGUUACUGGAGCUAUGUCAAUGAGGCCUGAUGGCCACCCUGAUGUACAUUGGGAUCCCUUCUGGGCUAAGGGAACCAGCGAUUGCAUCCAUUGGUGCUUGACGGGGCCGGUUGAUACUUGGAACGAAAUUUUACUUGAAACACUGAGAAGCUUCUGCUUCCUGUUUGCUUCCAACACUCUCAAGUCCACCUUCGAACAUGGAGACUCAGACUACCCCGAGCAAAGGAACUCCUUAAACCAGCCCGGCAACGGUAGGCCAGAAACUGAAAAGUGUGACCUAUCGAAGGGUCGUUGGACUCAAGAUGCUAGAGGGCCUUUGUAUACAAAUUUCAGCUGUAAAACACUCCCUUACCAGAGGAACUGUUUCUUGCAUGGGAGGAUGGACAGGGACUUCCUUCAAUGGAGAUGGAAGCCCGAUGAAUGCGAACUUCCUGUCUUCAAUCCCAGGAGCUUUCUAAACAUUGUUAAAGGAAAGACGAUGGCUUUCAUAGGUGACUCACUUGCCAGGAAUCACAUGAAUUCGCUUCUCUGUUUAUUAUCUGAGGAGGAAACCCCACACGAAGUAUACAGGGAAGAUGAGGAAGGGAAGACCAUAAUAUGGCACUUGCCUCGUAACAACUUCACCAUCAUGGUGCUGUGGUCCCCAUUCCUCGUCUCCGCCUCAGAGAUGGCAGUCAACGGCACCGAAACCGGCGGUUUUCAUCUACACCUAGACAAGAUUGAUGAGAGUUGGGUGCAAAAACUACCAGCCCUAGAUUAUGCCAUUCUCUCAGCCACCAACUGGUUCUUCCGACCCAACUACGUGUACGAGGGUGGUCAUUUUCUUGGAUGUAUUUACUGCUCGGACCCAAACGUGACGCACCUUGGCCCUGACAUUGUCAUACAAGGAGCUUUUAGGCUUGCUCUUAAGUCCAUCAACGAUUGCAACAGCUGCUCGAGGAUAGUAACUUUACUGAGAACAUUCUCACCAUCCCAAUUCGAGAACGGCACUUGGAACACGGGAGGGACUUGCAAGAGAACACGCCCAUUUGCUCCAGAAGAGAUUAACAACGGUGGCCUGGAUUUGGUUUACAGGAACGCCCAACUGGCGGAGAUUGAUAAUGCCCGCAAAUUGGGAGAGGAAAAGGGAAGAGCAUUUGAUGUUAUAGAUGUUACUGAAGCUAUGCUAAUGAGGCCUGAUGGCCAUCCUGGAUUACAUUGGGAUAACCGAUGGAACAAGGGACUGAGUGAUUGCCUCCAUUGGUGCUUGCCAGGGCCUGUUGAUACUUGGAAUGAAUUUUUACUUGAAUUGCUCCAAAGACAUUCCAGCUUUCUCUUAGCUCUUGAAGUCAUGCAGCAGCAGAAAUUAAAAAAUUAGUACUGCAACAGUGAAAGAGUUUUGGACUCCAAGAAAAAAGUCACCAAUGAAGCAACAGUUUGAUAGAGGUUUAACCGGUCUUAGAGGCAAUGAUAUGUGGGCUGUGUUUUUGCAGUUAAUAUUGAAGGGACUCUCAGCAAUUAUAACAGUAA